GUGACCGUUAGAAAUGGUGCCCAAAGAACAGACAACUUAUUAUAUAUACCAAACUUCAAAACCAGCCCAAAUUUCUUCUCUUUUCCAACCCAUUACACACACUCACUUACUCACUUUCCCGCUCCUCAAAAUUCGACCGUUGCAAACCUUCUUCUACACAAAAAUAAUUGAAAAGCCCUCUCCCUCUCUCUUGGCUUUUACAGAGAAAGGAGAGGCCUUUUCAAAGAUCUCCAUAUCCAACCAUAGCUAAAACUUUAAUCUUUAUACAAGACCAAAGAAAACCCAUUAAUCCCAAGCGCUAAAAUUUUAAUCUUUAUACCAGAAAAAUGGAUUCUUCGUCUCCACCAAGAAGAAAGAGUGGGUUAAAUCUCCCAUCUGGAAUGAACCAAACUUCUCUGCGACUAGAUACAUUUCCAGCUAAUUCUGGUGGCUUUCGAGCAAGUGUAUCAUCAUCACCAAGAGCGAUAUCAAGCUUAUCAUCACCGUCAUCAAAAUCUUCUACUUGUAGUGAUAGAUUUAUACCAUGCAGAUCUUCUUCAAGAUUGCAUACUUUUGGACUCCUGGAGAAAAAGGGUUCUCCUGUUAAAGAAGGAGGCAACGAGGCUUAUUCCAGAUUGUUAAAAUCUGAGCUUUUUGGGUCUGAUUUUCUUUCUUGUUCUCCUGCAGGUGGUGGCGGCGGUCAAGGUGGGUCUGCUCUGAGUAGUCCUAGCAAGAAUAUGUUGAGGUUUAGAACUGAUCUCUCUGGGCCUAAUUCUCCUUACUCUCCUUCUAUCUUGGGGCAAGACAGUGGCAUUUCUAGUGAGGUUUCCACUCCUCCUAAGCCUCCAAGAAAAGUACCCAAGACACCUCAUAAGGUUUUAGAUGCCCCAUCGCUUCAAGACGAUUUCUACUUAAAUCUUGUGGAUUGGUCCUCUCAGAAUGUUCUUGCUGUUGGGUUAGGCACUUGUGUUUAUUUAUGGACUGCUUCAAAUAGCAAAGUUACAAAAUUGUGUGAUUUGGGACCUCAUGACAGUGUGUGCUCUGUACAAUGGACCAGAGAAGGUUCAUACAUAUCUAUCGGCACAGGUCUUGGUCAAGUUCAGGUUUGGGACGGAACUCAGUGUAAGAGGGUGCGAACAAUGGGUGGACAUCAAACAAGAACUGGAGUCUUGGCAUGGAAUUCUCGCAUAUUAUCAUCAGGAAGCAGGGAUAGGAACAUACUUCAGCAUGAUCUUCGCGUUUCAAGCGACUUUGUUAGCAAACUUGUUGGUCACAAAUCCGAGGUAUGUGGCUUAAAAUGGUCUCAUGAUGACAGAGAACUUGCAUCUGGUGGAAAUGAUAAUCAGCUACUGGUCUGGAACCAGCAUUCUCAGCAACCAGUUCUGAAACUGACCGAGCAUACAGCUGCUGUGAAGGCCAUUGCUUGGUCACCCCACCAGAGUAGCCUUCUUGCAUCUGGAGGUGGAACAGCUGAUCGAUGCAUUCGUUUUUGGAACACCACCAACGGUCAUCAACUAAACCAUGUCGAUACUGGGAGCCAGGUAUGCAAUCUGGCCUGGAGUAAGAAUGUGAAUGAAUUGGUCAGCACCCAUGGUUACUCCCAGAAUCAAAUUAUGGUGUGGAAAUAUCCGUCGUUGGCGAAGGUUGCAACUCUAACCGGUCAUAGUUUGCGAGUGCUCUAUCUUGCCAUGUCUCCAGAUGGUCAGACAAUAGUAACUGGAGCAGGGGAUGAAACCCUACGGUUUUGGAAUGUCUUCCCAUCUAUGAAAGCACCGGCACCAGUCAAAGAUACAGGUCUAUGGUCACUGGGACGAACCCAUAUUCGGUGAAGAACCUUGUGCAAAAACCAGCUUAAACAUAUACUGUAAAUGUAAAUACUAAAUUUUCAGAUGUUGCCAGUAAGCUUUCACUAUGGGUGGGAAUUGUGUGUGUGUGUGUGUGUGUGUGUGUGUUCUUUUCCCUGUGUGCCAAUUUUGUAAGUUUAUGCUUUCUAGGGCAGAUUUGUAAAGUAUUUCUUUUUUCCUUUCACGUUUACAUAUAUUUUAAUUCUUUUCUGUGUGUAUUAUACAGAUUUAAGAUACUUGAGAGCCAAAAGGACUCAAUAAAGGAAAAGGAAUUUUGUUCUAA